AACCCGGCCGCUCUUUCUUCCUGAGCAUUUGCUGCCCAUUAGUGGACUCAACUGCUGUGUUAAAAGACUGAAGGGACUUUUUUUUUUACAAGGAAUUACUCUCUCCAAAACUAUUUCUACCAACAUGACCUCAAAUUCCAAUUUAUCCAACAUGCGACGGCUGGUGGAACAACUGAAGCUCGAGGCCAGCGUGGAGAGAAUCAAGGUGUCCCAGGCGGCUGCAGAGCUCCAGCAGUACUGUCUGCAGAAUGCAGGCAAAGACGCCCUGCUCGUCGGCGUCCCCACAGGCAGCAACCCCUUUAGAGAACCACGCUCCUGUGCUGUAGUGUGAAGAGGAAGUAGAAGAAGUGGACACAACUGUGGCAUCUCACAGGAGCGAGGAAUUCCAUUUUGUUUUUAACCUUUUUUUGUGAAAAUUAGUUUUUACAUACAUAUAUAUAUUUCAAAUAAAUGUCAUGUUUUACUACAUUACUGUUUAGCCAUAUCAUGUUUAUUUUUUGAAAAUACUUUACAUACACCUCCUACAUCUUCAUCUACUUUAAUAACUUUUGAAAUCUGUGUGAGUAGGAUCUCUGUUAUAUACAGUGACCAUUGGCAGAGUCAUAAAGUGAUCAUCUAUACAAAGCGGAUGUUUAUAGCCGGACUCUAAAUUACGCCUUGGAAUCUUGUGGCGUCAAAGCUUCCUGAUGUUCAGUCUAAGUUAGGAGCACAGCCAGAGAGAGGAAACUGGGUCUUCCUGUUCAAAACUGCAAAGACACUCAACAGAGACUUACACUUCCCCCCGCCUUCAAGCUUUUAAAAGUUUUGGAACUUAUUUACAAGCUCAAGGCUAUGCUAGAAAUAAAACAUGAAUCACCAUAGUGUGGGAUAUUAUGAAUCAUGUUGUCCAUUUAAUCUAAGUGUGUUCAGUUAAGUCCAUGUUUGUUUUUCUUUUAAGCUUUAUUUAUUUCUAUAUAUUCUGUAUUAAAUGGAAGUUAUAUAUUUAAAACUGUACACAAUCGCCCCAAGAAACCCACUAGAUCAGCCUAAAAGAGGUCCAGUCAUGAGCCAGCUCUCUACUUUGUCACUUCCUUUUCCUCAGUACUCUGUUCUUGGACGAGUCUCAAUAGUUUGCUCAUUUUGAAGCCUCCUUUCCUAACAACCUUUGUUCAUAUACCACACUGGGAGCAUCAGAUGUUCCUCCUUUUUGACCCUACCUGCAUGAGAAUGAGCAGUAAGAGAGUGAGAUGCAGAAAGUUAACAUUAUCUGUAUGUGGAAAUGAGAAACUCUCUCAGAGACAGAAACCAGAGAGCAAUGUGAAGCUGAUUCACAUCAAUUUUCACACCCAAAUAACUUGCAAAAUGCAUGAGGUCUGACAGAAGAGGGCUUUCCAUACUAUUUAUAUUUAGUUACUGUGGCUGCAGUAUAUUCUGUUCUGGAGCUCAACUUGCUUUAAAUAAGUGACCAGAGUGACAAACUUCAAUUUUUAACAUCAAUAGAUCCCUUUCAGUGAUGGAAAACUGUUUUUCACCAACGAUAAAAAAUAUACAAUGUAUCUGAAAUGUUAAUAGUAAAACAAUAAAAAAUGUACUUAA